AUGGCGAUGUUGCCAGACCUGAAGUCGGACCGGCUGCGAAUGCAGCUCAGUACUGUGGACGAAAGAUUCGCGGGCUUCAAGAACUCUAUUGCAGAUGACUCGCGCAAGAGGAAGCAGGUAGAUGAGCAGAGAUAUCAGGAAAUAAAAGAGUCGAUAUUAGCUGUAGAGAAGACGCUCAAUCAGGAGAUAAAGAGGAGAGUCGAUGCUAACAAGGCACUCCAACAGAUAUCGGAACAGAUGGCUAAUGAAAUGCUUGACAGGCUACAGCUGCGGAUAGUAAAGUACAUAGAGAGCCUCACGGUGUCAAUGGAUAUGCUGAUAACACGCUGCGAAGGCCUGGAAAAGGGGCUCGCCCAAAUGAAAGGAGACUUACCCAGCAAGCUUGAGCAAGAUUUCGCAGCCCUCCAACGUGAAGCAGCCGCCCUUCGUCAGGCAUUUGCAGCCGAAACAAAGAACAAGAAUGAACGUGAAAGUCUUGCAUGCAAGAAGCUGGGGGAAUUUCAACUUCUUGUAGACUCGAAGUUUGAGGCUGAGAUCGCAGUCAGGCAGGAACAGCUGAAUCUCAUCAAAAGAGAAGUUGAGAGGCUUGUCAAGGGAGACGACGCUCAUGAGCAAUUUCAUGCCUUCAUUAUGGAGGAGCUGAUGGCUCUAAAGAAUGGAUUGGCUUUAGCCACGCAAGCGCGAGAACAAUCAGACGACGAGAUUAUACAGGCGAUCAACCAGUACACAACAGCCCUUCAGAAGGGACUGCGGACAAUCAACACACUGUAG